CAGCCAUAAAAAGUGCCAUUACAGACGUUAAGAAUAUGUUUUAUUUUAACGUCACUCUUAAUUACACGUACGAGUACAACGCCACCCAAUCAAAAUCCUACACAGAGGUCAAGGAGGGCAUUCUCAAGGACGUCAAUGACCGUCUGUCUGGCUACGUCUUCGUCCUCGGUCUCCUCAAGAAUGUCACGAUGGUGUCUCUUAUCUUUGUUGUAAUCAAGGCUCUGAUUUAUAAGAAGAAAUUUCAGACAAACGACAAGUUUGAUAACAUCUACAUAACGUUUAAAUUACGAGACGUGGAGGAACGGCGAAUAGAGCUAGGAAAGGAAGGAAUAUUUCCGCUCACUUGGAAGGAAGAGAAAAAAUACGUAAAAACAAGAUCUGUUGGAAUGGCUAUGAGGGAAAUAAAAGCCUUGGCUAAGGGCCUGUUCCUUCUUCUGAUUAGCGGUUGUCAUACGGGCUUCUAUCUCCUCUGUGAUUACGGACUCUACUGGAUACUAAACAUGUUAAAAGGAUUCUUUUCCAAAAAGAUUGCGGCGCCUAUCCCACCGCAUUUGAAAAUUCACGUCCAUGGAAAAGGUUCCGUGUCAGACAUGUACAGGUCAUUGCUUACGUCAUUCGACCCUCUGGCAAUGGAGGGCGGGAGCUUGAAACCGGCUGGUUGCAUCCCUACCCCCAGCACACCAAACUUUCGAAUUUACAAACAAAUAGGGUAUAUUUAUCUCUUAUGCCUAUUCAUGACCAUCUUUCAAGCUUACGGCUUGAGGUUACGUCACGUGAUUGGUGCGUGUUACUAUCCUAGGAGGGAAAGAGCGCGAGCAGUUUGGCUCUAUAACCAUAUACUAAAAACCAGAGGUGGAUUCCUAAAAUUUGCGAGGCGGCAGCUGAGAAGGAAAGCCGGGGUUUUGAAAGAGGAGGAAAAGAUUAGUAUAAGAAGUAGAUUAAUGGCGCAAUUUCCACUCUGUAGGAGGUUUUUCAGUUUUCUUGGAUUCAAAAGGAAGCAUUGUUUAUCGUGUGGAAAUGAGGGUCGAUUUGAUGAUAACGUGAAUUUCUACCAUUGUCAAAACAAAGACUGCACAGCCGUAUAUUGUCUUGACUGUUUCACGGAUCUAAACAACAUGUGUACUGUUUGUAUGAAUCCUGUUGACUAUGGCGAUCACUCUGAUAUCAGCGAGGAAAGAGAUUCUAGUGAAGAUGAGAAAGAAAUGUUAAAGCGCCGGGCGGAUGCAGAGAAACUUCGUCAAGAACGUGAAAUACAGUUACAAAAGAGGCGUCCGAGUGAGCAAAUGAGGGAAAUGAGGAGACAAUUCGGAAUAACCGAAUCGGUACUAAAGACCAAAGCGGAAGCUGGGGUCAAGGACUAUGCACAAGAGGAUGGCGCUGCGUAUGAAGAAGGCUAUGAACAGUUUGAAGAUUUUUAUGAAGAAGACAAGGUUGUCGACUUGAAAGAAAAGGAAUUCUUAAGUUAUCAAAAUAUUCGUCGAGUGGAUGAUGACUGGGAUUACGAUGCCUAUGAUGAUAAAUCUCAGACGGAUUACGUCACUGAUGAUAUAUUUGACGAUGGUGAAGAUGAUUUCAUUGGGGAUUAUAAUUAUCCGUACAUCGAGCCCGAGGAAUUAGACAUGGAUAGAGACAUUAUUUCGAAAACUAAACUGAAUGUUUGACAAAGGAAUUCUAAUAUAAUUUUUUUGAAGUUAAAACUUGCAACUGAGA